CACUUAUCCAUUUAGAGAAGAAACUUGUAUAGAAGCCAAUUAUCAGCAGUGUUAACAAUUAAGAUCCAGAUGACUGAAAUUAGAGAGGCGCACUUUGUACUGGUUCAUGGAUCUUGUCAUGGGGCAUGGUGCUGGUACAAGGUGGCAACACAACUGAGAUCAGAGGGACACAGAGUCACUGCACUGGACUUCGCGGCUUGUGGGAUCAACCAGAAGCCGCUGCAAGAAGUCCAUUCCUGCCACGACUACUUCGAACCCCUCCUCGAGUUUAUGACCACCUUACCUCUAGAUGAGAAGGUGGUUCUGGUGGGUCACAGCUUUGGUGGAGUUGGCUUGUCCCUCGCUAUGGAAACCUUUCCAGAAAAAAUUUCUGUUGCUGUUUUCGUAACCGCUCUUAUGCCUGGUCCGGACCUUUCUUACGUUACUAUCUCUAAUGAGUUCCGACCUAUCAAAGGAGUAAAGCAAAAAGAAACGGAGGGAGUAGUAAACUUUACACCCGAGGCAUUGGCCUCCAAACUGUAUCAACUCUCUCCAACCCAGGAUUUGACACUAGCAACUAUGUCAGUGAGGCCACAUUCUUUACAAGUUAAAUCAGAUGCAUCAGAAAGCCUGAUUGUCAGUAAAGAGAAGUAUGGUUCAGUCCAUCGCGUGUACAUUGUGGCUGAUCAAGAUAUGAUACUAUCCGAAGAAGUUCAGAGGUGGAUGAUUCAACUAAACCCACCAAAUGAUGUGAAGGUGAUCCAGGGUUCUGAUCACAUGACCAUGGUCUCUAAGCCACAGGAGCUCUCAUCUUGCCUUCUGACAAUUGCCCAGCACCACUGCUGAUGAAUUGCAGUAAAGUGUAACGGAAGAUCGAGGGGUAACGAGGGGUAAUGGAAUGAAAAAUUAUAAAUUCUUUUAUGAAAAUAGAAGAACGUAUAAGAAAAAGGAGACAUAUCCUUUAAUCUAUAUACAGUUAACGGAUUGUAUUCGAUUGAGAUUUUAAUUGAUUGUUUUUCGUCUA